AUGGAACAGGCAAAAUCGAAUACAAUCGAGCCCACCAGCAGUUCGUCAGGAAGGCAAGCGCCACCAACGACGAAAAGCUUUAAACCGAAUCUAAUGGCAUCUCUCAGUGCGGGUUUUUUCCUCUUCAUAUCGGGUGGCAUGAGCCUAAUACAGAGCUUGGGCUUCAUUUAUUUUGGUUUUAUAAUGGAGAGCCGUCACAUAUUAUAUUGCUGGUUCAUAGCUAUGGCUUUGGGCGCCUUAAUUGCUGUGUUAUUGGUCUAUGUAGUUCCCAAAAAAUAUAUUAUGGCAGCUGCCUCAGUAAUGGUCCUAGUCGGUGGUAUUAUUCGUGUUAGUUCUCCGAACAGUGAGGAUGCUUUAAUUGCGGCACGUUAUUUCAAUGGCCUCGGUGUGGGCGUGGCCACAAUAUCGUAUCUAAUGUAUGCCGGUGAAUUGUCAGAAAAUCGUCGACGUGGCCUAAAUCUAGGCCUGGAACAAUUAGGCAUUAGCAUUGGCAUAGCGCUGCAAAUGAUUAUGGCUACGCAAUGGCCGUACUCCUGGAGUUUGUCACAAGACGCCUUACAGGGAAUAUUGGAUAUUUUUAUGGUCGUCUUGACCAUGGGCUCGUUAAUUUAUUUCAUCGAAUAA